GGCAGCAUCAUACACAAUUGGAGGCUUCACAAGAAUGGGAUUUCUGGCGAGUAUUGCAAUGGUUUUUGUGCUGGUGGGUGUGUCCCAGGUACAGUCGAAACCCGAGAACCAUGGUAGUAAACGACAACUUGAAUGCUGGAAUGGUCCUGACGGCGCAGAUUAUCGAGGAACUUUUGCUACCACUAUGAGUGGUACUCCUUGUACGAGCUGGUUUGCAAAGGUUCAUAGAGCACACAUCUAUGGCGACGCAGGUCUAGAAAACAAUUACUGUCGUAAUCCAAAUGGGGACACACGCCCUUGGUGUUAUGUUAGUGACCAUAGUAAUGAUUUCGAAUAUUGUUAUUUCGAAAUGUGUGCAACAGGAGGAGGUUCGGGUGAUCCACACAUGGUAACUUUCGAUGGUGUCAAAUAUGAUUUUCAAGGUUUUUGUAAUUAUAUUAUCGUCAAGGACUGUCAACAUUCUGGUCAUUAUAAUUUUGAAAUUAUUGCUGAUUUUCGUGGACGUGAUCAACAAAACAAACCACCGACGAGAAUGGUGGCCAUAACUAUAAUUACAAACAAGAUUCCAGUAAUACGAUUGCUAGAAAAUAAUUCAUUUUUGAUUGGCGAUAAACCGUACAAUGGUUCAGAAGUAUUUACUUCUGAGUUUGGUUCCGUUACUCCAAGAGGUAACACUCUUGUUGUUAACCUAAUUCCUAUGAAACUAUUUCUGACAUGGAAUGGUAAAAUUCACAAGAUUACAGUGCAACUCGAAGAUCCAGAUAUGUAUGGUAAUGUAUGUGGUUUGUUGGGAAACUCUGAUGGUAAUCCCGAUAACGAUUUCGUCAAACCAGAUGGCUCUAUAACCCACGAUGCUGAGAUAUUUGGGAACAGUUGGGCUGUGCCAGGAAGCUGCGUGUAACUACCAACCUAUCUUCUCAAGUACAGUAACGAAGAAUGAAUUCUGUUUUGCAUGCAGGUGAUGGGUACAUUUUAUCGAAUAUAGUCCUGUUACACAGUGUUUCUCGUUAAUGGCUUUUUAUUCACUUCUUUAUGUAGUGGUUGACAAAUAAACGCAUAGACGCAUUAUGCUAUGAUUAUUAGAU